AUGUCAGCUGAAACCCCACAGCAUGCUGUUCGCAAUGGCACAUCGGACAAUGAUGAGGAUACGUUUGAGAAGGAUUUGAAUGAGAUGUUGCAAGAUGCACCGAGUUUGAAUGACAGCUGUUCAACUGUACAGAGCGGAAGUCCACGCAAAAUGGCAGCUGCUGCUGCCACUGCUGCUGCCACUCCACCAAGCACAUUCAAAUCCUCUCCAACCAGUGAGACUCCACAUACACGGUCGUAUGCUGGGCCACCAGGCUCUGAAAUGAAACCUGCUCCUGGCUGUAAUGCUACCAGUAAUAUUCCCCUGUCCAGUCCACAGAGCAAUGGUGACUUUGUGCCAAAGGGUGGUGUUACCCAGACGGCAGCCUCCAAGAUAGACACAAUCCGUUCGUGGAGUUUGAAUACUUAUAAAUGUACUCGUCAACUGUUGUCUGAAAAGUUUGGCAAAGGAUCCCGGACAGUCGACCUGGAGCUGGAAAGUCAGAUUGAAGCCCUGCGGGAUACACAGCGCAAAUAUUGGAAUAUUCUGCGUCUGGCACGGACCCUCACUAAUCACUUCUAUUAUGUGGUCCAGACUCAGAAAUCACUGGGCGAGUCCUUUUCAGAACUGGCUGCCAAGUCACCUGACCUGCAGGAGGAAUUCACUUAUAAUUCAGAAACACAGAGAGCACUUAGUAAAAAUGGGGAAGUUUUACUAGGUGCCAUGAACUUUUUUACUUCAUCAGUGAACACACUAUGCAAUAAGACAAUGGAAGAUACAUUACUUACGAUAAAAUUAUAUGAAACAGCAAGGUUGGAGUAUGAUGCAUACAGAAACGAUUUGGAAAAUGUUCAAAUGGGUCCAAGAGAUUCAACUUCCACUCCUCGAAUUGAAGAUGCCAAGACCAAAUUUGAUGAACACAAGCAAAAAUAUGAAACCCUGCGAGCUGACGUGGCCAUAAAAUUGAAAUUUUUGGAAGAAAAUAAGGUGAAGGUCAUGCACAAGCAGUUGCUUCUGUUCCACAAUGCGGUGUCGGCAUACUUCAGUGGCAACGAGGCAGCUCUGGACGCCACACUUAAGCAAUUCAACAUAAAGUUAAAAGCCCCUAAUUCUGCAAAGCCAUCUUGGAUUGAGCAAUAG